AUGGGUAAUCAUCACUCAACAUCUCAAUAUUCUGAUCAAUCAACAAAAAGGAUCAUGUCUUUAAGUAAUUCAAUAAAUUCAACCAGGAACCAAAAGAAAACAAAUAUUUUUAAACUUUGUAAUAUUUUUGCCAAACAAAAAUUUGAUAAUGCUGCUUUUGCACAAACCUGUCCACCACCAUUAGGAGGAGAAAUGCCAUUAGGAGAGUCGUGUGUUGUGAUGCCUGAUAGGCCAGCAAUGAAAUUAGAUCAAAGAUUAGUUUGUAAGUAUGAAGUUUUAACUGUUAUUGGAAAAGGAUCUUUUUCACAAGUUUUAAGAGUUCAACAUCGAAUUACUGGUACUUUUUAUGCUGUUAAAGUAGUUACUCCUGAUAGAGAUAUGGGACAAUCUGUAAAUAAUGAAUUAUCAAUUUUAAGUCGAGUCUCUCAUCCAUUUGUAAUUCGCUUAGAAGAAGUAUUUAGAGGAGCUUCAAAAUUAUUUAUUGUUAUGGAAAUGGCAUCUGGUGGUGAAAUGUAUGAUCGUGUUGUAUCUAAAGGUAGAUAUACAGAAAAUGAAGCAAAACAAGCAUUAAGAAUGCUUCUAUCUGGUUUAGCAUACCUUCAUAGUUUAAAUAUUACACAUAGAGAUUUAAAACCUGAAAAUCUUUUAUAUAGUGAUAAUCGACCAGAUGCUAGACUUUUAAUUUCUGAUUUUGGUUUAGCACAUCAAGCAACUAAACCCGGUGAAACAAUGAAUGAAACUUGUGGUACAUGUGAAUAUAUUGCACCUGAAGUUUUAUUACGUAUGCCAUAUACAAAUAAAGUUGAUAUUUGGGCAGUAGGAGUUAUAGCAUAUAUUUUAAUGUCUGGAAUUAUGCCAUUUGAUGAUGAUUGUCGAUCUCGUUUAUAUACUCUUAUUAUAACAGCAAAUUAUGUAUACUAUCCUCAAUAUUGGUCUGGUUCUGAUAUGGCAAAGAAAUUUGUAGAUUUACUUCUUAAUACAGAUCCAAAUGAAAGAUUGAGUGCUGUUCAAACAUUACGUCAUGACUGGCUUACGGGUGAAAAUAGAUCAAAUCAUCUGACAUAUUCAAUUAAAUCAAGACCAUCAAUUGAAUACAAUAAUAUCCAAAGAACAAAAUCAACAAGAUCUAUUAGAAGUGUAACAAGAAGUGAUCAUGGGCAUAAAGUUGAUCCAAGAGAAGUAGAUAAAUUAGCUAAUGAUUUACAACGUUUAGCUAAAAAUCAAAAGUAUAAUUCUCAAAGGGAUAAUAAUUUUGCGACUACUAAACAUUACGGAGUCUUUUAA